AUGGUGCCUCCAAGGGUGGCAGGAGGAACGACACAAUCGUCUUCAAGCUCGGGAAUUUUCUUUCAAGGGGAUGGGCAGGGCCAGGUUCCAGGAAAUUCCCAGUUCAGUUCAAGGCGUGCACAGGCACAACCAGGACCCUUUUCCGGGGAUGUCAGCAAUACAUUCUUAAAUAGUCUGGGAAGCUGCCCCAGUGUUGGGGCAAGUUCUUUGGUUACUGAUGCGAACUCAGGACUUUCAGGAGGCCCCCACCUUCAAAGAAGUGCUAGUGUUAAUACAGAAUCAUACAUGCGCUUGCUUGCCUCGCCCAUGUCAUUCUCAUCUAAUAAUAUUAGCAUCUCAGGAGUAUCCUCAGUUGUACAACAAAGCUCUAUUCAAGAUCCUGGUUCACAGCACACCCAGCAGCAUCAUGGAGUUUCCAGUGCUACGUCUUUGCCACACAUGGAGCAAAUUGCAAGGAUGCAAAACCCAGGACCAAACUGUAAUGUCUCAGCUACAGAAAAAACCCCAUUGGAUAUCAAGCAGGAAGAUAUUGUACAGCAGCAGGUUUUGCAACAGCUGUCCAUGCAUUUACAGAACUCUAAUCCUCAAUUGCAAGGUUUGACGCAACAGAGAUUAAGGCAGCAAGAACAACAGAUUCUACAGGCUAUGCCGCCACUGCAGCGGGCUCAGCUAUUGCAGCAACAGCAGCAGUUGCAGCAACAGCAGCAGUUGCAGCAACAACAGCAGUUGCAGUUAAGACAGCAGCUUCAAAUGCAGGGGAUGCCAUCUGGAACUGCAGUUAAACGGCCUUAUGAUGGUGGUGUAUGCUCACGUCGUUUAAUGCAAUAUUUGUAUCACCAGAGACAACGUCCUACUGACAAUGCUAUUGCCUAUUGGAGAAAAUUUGUGGCGGAGUAUUACUCUCCACGUGCGAAGAAGAGAUGGUGUCUAUCCCUGUACAAUAAUGUUGGGCACCAUUCAGUCGGGGUGUUUCCCCAGACUGCAAUGGAUGCAUGGUAUUGUGACAUUUGUGGCUCAAAAUCUGGAAGGGGGUUUGAGGCAACUUUUGAAGUUAUCCCUAGACUUAAUGAGAUCAAAUUUGCCAGUGGUGUAAUCGAUGAGCUUCUAUUUCUGGACUUGCCUCGUGAGUGUAGAUUCCCUUCGGGAGUAAUGAUGCUGGAGUAUGCGAAGGCAGUUCAAGAAAGUGUAUAUGAGCAACUUCGCGUAGUUCGUGAGGGUCAUCUUCGCAUUUUGUUCUCUCCUGAUUUAAAGAUUUUGUCUUGGGAGUUUUGUGCACGACAUCAUGAAGAACUUCUUCCACGUCGGGUUGUUGCGCCGCAGGUUAAUCAAUUGCUCCAGGUUGCUCAGAAAUGUCAGAGCACGUUAUCUGAGAGUGGGACAGACAGUGUUUCUCAGCCAGAUUUACAGGCAAACAGUGCUAUGGUCUUAGAAGCUGGGCGCCAACUUGCUAAAAGUUUAGAGUUACCGUCACUAAAUGAUCUCGGCUUCUCCAAAAGAUAUGUCCGGUGCCUCCAGAUAGCUAAUGUUGUUAACAACAUGAAAGACUUGAUGGAUUUCUGCAGAGACCAAAAGAAAGGCCCUAUAGAGGGCUUGAACAGUUUCCCCAGAUGUUCUUCUGCACCUCGGGUCCAGAUGCAAGAAACACAUCACAUGGGAGGCCUUCAAUGUCUUCCAACUGAUCAGAACACACUCAACAAGCUCAUGGCAUUGCAUCCCAGGCUCAAUAGCAAUAGCUCACAUGCGGGGAGUAGUGGAGGAGCUUUGACUGGAUCAGCACAUGGUGGUCUUGCAAUGACUAACUACCAAAAUUUGCUGAUGAGACAGAACUCAAUGAACUCAGCUAAUAGUGUAAAUCAGCAUGACAGCUCUUCUCCCUUCAAUAUUUCCAGUCAGACUCCGCGCACAACUCCAAGGUCUUCAGGCGCUUUGGCGGGAAUGUUUCAGAAUCCACAGAUGGGUGGCUUUUCUGGUAGCCAAGCACCCCAGCAACAUCAAAUGAAGCAAAGUCAACCUCUGCUCUCACAAAACAACCAAACCUUACAACAUCAGAUGAUUCAGCAGUUUCUACAUGAUAUAAACAAAAAGAAUAAUGAGGGAGCAGCCAUGCAGCAGACCUACUCCAUUCAAAAUCCCAGUGAGCUUGGCAUCAGAAAUUCUCCAGCAACAUCUGCAGCUGGGAAUGCUCAAGUGCAACCACCAAGCAGAAGCAAUAGUUUUAAAGCUGGUUCGUUCAAUAGUGAAUCUACGGCAUCUGUUGGUCAUAUGGGAUAUGGCCAGAAAUCAGCAUAUAUUCCAGAGAGCCUUCAUUCUUCUGAUGAGAUGGUUCCGGACAUUGCCCACCAAUUCAUCGAAAAUGGCUUUUUUAACAAUGAUCUUGAUGAAAGCAUGAACUUCAGUUGGAAGGGAUAACUUUUCAUUUAUGUGUAUACAUUACGCAUGUGUUUGUAUAGGCUGGUUUUACUUUAGUUUUUUUGUCCUUUUUCUUUUGGAUGUUCCUUGAUCCUGUAGAGCUUGUUCGCUCCCGUCUGAGGUGUCUUUUUGGCUUAUGG